AUGUCGCUCGUGGUGAUUCUGAAGAACUUCCAGGGCCUCAAGUGCAAAGGCGAGAAGGUCGCGAGAAUCGAAUUUCGAGAAGUAUCGCAUUAUUCAACGAAUCUCGAGGACAAUGGGGACGUCAUCGAGGUGGAGCAGAGCUUCACGUGGAAUCUAGGGAGGCCGGUGGACGAGGCGGAGGUGCUGCAAUUGGCAGUCGUAUCGCGCGGGGUCCUGAGAAAUGAAAAAGUCGCGGCGAAGUACGGCCUGGUGUUGCAGACGGUGGUGCGGGAAGGUCGGAUCUUAGUCUCAGACUCUCUAGUCGACCUCAAUAACAAACCGCUUCCGGCGGUGGUGUGCUUCGAAAUUCGAUACAAUCCCCCGGACGAAGGUUGCAGCUCCUACGCGGCCACGGAAAUAAUGGAGGACGAACAGCAAAUGCUGAUCGACAUCGAGCAGAACAUCGCGAACCUCGAGAAGAGCCUCGAACAGGCGAGCAGCGGCGCUGCCGGCGGGAAGAGAAGAGGAUCAUGGCACACCCCCGAGAAAACGUCCAAAAGAGGUUUCCUGCCGAGGGGUGCGUCCGUGGCGACCGGCGAGAAGUCGCCCGAUCGGAAGCGGAGUACCACUUUGAGGAGCAUGCGAUCGUUCCUGAAACUGGGGAAGCAGAGACCGCCGCGGGCACGCUCCUGCGACAGCAAUUCAGAGACGAAGGACCUCCUCGACAGACGGGACUCCAGCUGCCCAACUUCGAACGAGCCGUCGCGAACAAAUUCUCUGACUUCCCUCGAAACAAACACUUCCGAUAACGACAGUCAGCUGAGUGCUAACCACGAGCAGGAGGAAACCGCACUAAAGCCGGCCAAGAGACCAAAGCCCAAGACCGGCGACACCGGGCACAGCGCCUUGAAGGCGCAGGACUACCAGGUGUGCGUCACGAUUAUCGAGGCGAGGCAACUCGCCGGACUCAAUAUGGAUCCGGUGGUGUGCGUGCAGGUCGGCGAUCAGCGCAAAUACACGAGCGUCAAAGAGUCCACUAACUGUCCGUACUACAAUGAAUAUUUUGUCUUCGAUUUCCACAUGCCGCCCGUCAUGCUCUUCGACAAGAUCAUCACGCUUUCGGUGCAGCAAUCGCGGAAUCUCUUGCGCGCUAAUCUAACGCUGGGCAUCUUUAAGUUAGACAUCGCGACGGUAUGGGCACAACCAGAUCAUCAAUUCUAUCACAAAUGGGCCUUGCUCACCGAUCCGGAUGACGUGGCUGGAGGGCCCAAGGGCUACUUAAAGUGCGACGUUAGCGUCAUCGGCAAAGGCGAUACCGUGAAGAUACCUCCAAAGAGCGAAAAGGACGAGGACGACAUCGAAGGAAAUCUUUUAUUGCCGGACGGCGUGCCGAUUGAAAGACAGCGCGCCCGAUUCGUGGUGAAGGUUUACAGAGCCGAUGGUCUGCCGAAGAUGAACAGCAGUAUCAUGGCGAACGUGAAAAAGGCUUUCACGGGGGAAGUGAAGGACCUGGUGGAUCCAUACGUCCAAGUGUCCUUCGCCGGGCUGAGCGGGAAAACCAGCGUGAAGAGGCACAGCUACGCCCCGGUUUGGAACGAGCAGAUCGUUUUCACCGAGAUGUUUCCGCCGCUUUGCCAGAGGAUAAAAAUACAGCUGUGCGACAAUGACCCCGUGCACGCCACCGUUAUCGGCACACACUUCGUCGACCUGAAGCAGAUAAGUAACGACGGCGAGAAGGGCUUUCUGCCCACUUUCGGCCCGGCGUUUAUCCACCUUUAUGGCAGCAUCAGAGAUUACAGUCUCAUAGAUGAGCACUCGACGUUGAACACCGGCCUGGGCGAGGGGAUCUCCUACAGAGCAAGGCUAUUGAUCGCGAUUCGCACCGAGAUCAGCGACAACGUAGAGAUGGCACCGUCGGAGGUCGAGAUGGAGCCGACAGUGCCGAUCAACGAGACCGCGUACGCGAGGAACGAGGAGUUCUUCUUGUUCGCGACGAUCAUGGAUGCCACGAUGAUCGACAAGAAGCUCGGCGACAAGCCGAUGUACUUUGAAAUUUCAAUCGGCAACGCCGGCAACGCUCUCGACGGUCACAACGAGAGUUUCAAGAUGUGCGAGAUGGGGUCGAAGGGUGGCGCGAUCACGGAGGAAGAUGACCUACAGGAAGUACUCAGCGGCUCUUGGCAGAGCACCACGCCGGCUAAUAAGCCGAUGACGCACGAUAAGAUUUAUUAUUUCUUACCAUACUGGGACGAUAAGCCGUGUCUCCAUGUGAGGAGUAUUUGGCCGGAUUACAGGCGUCGAAUGUAUAACAGCAAUAUAAUAGGCAAAAUCGUCGAUAAGCUGGAAGAGGGGUUGUCGGAGGUUCAAUCGCAUUUGGAGGACUCGACGUGCGAGAAACUCUUGAAGACCACCCUCGAGGAAUUGAGCGUCAACUGCAAUCGCUACGUCAGCAUCAGCAAGUCCAGCGUGACUGGUCCCGGUGUGGGGAAGACAAAGUUGGACAAGGAGCGCACGAAAUUGUGCCAGCGGGAGCUCGAAAGCAUCGGGAUCCUGUCGCGCAACCUCAAGGCGCUCGUGACCAAGAGCAGCUUCAAGGAACGGCUGAAGACAGCGCACAGUUACUUGCAGAAACUGAAGUUUCUCGUGGAGGAUCCGCAAGACUCCUUGCCGGACGUGUUCAUCUGGGUGAUCAGCUCCGGACGACGACUGGCCUACCAGAGGAUACCUGGUCGGGAGCUCAUCUACUCGGUGGUUGACGAGGAAUGUGGCCGGCAUUGCGGCAAAGUGCAGACUAUGUUCCUCAAGCUUCCAGGCAAGAAGAGAUUCGGACCGGCGGGGUGGGCGAUUCAGACUAAGCUGCAAGUUUACAUGUGGCUAGGAAUGCUGAAGCACAAGAAGUACUUCAUCCAAGGCCUACCGAAGGGAUAUGAGGUCAGCAACGAGCUGAGAAACGUGGACAGACCACGCGCAUUGCCACCUGCCGUAAUCCACUACACUCAGAAACACAAAUUCCAAUUGCGGGCCCACAUGUACCAAGCGAGGUCGUUGAUCGGCAGCGACGCGUCCGGCCUGUCCGAUCCCUUCGCGAGGGUGAUCUGCGGUGAGUUUUGUAAGUGCACCCAGGUGAUCGACGAGACGCUCAGUCCGACAUGGGACGAGCUGCUGUUGUUCGACGAUAUCCUGAUUUACGGUACCGCCGAGGAGAUUAAGAAGGACCCAUCGUCCGUCGUCAUCGAGUUGUUCGAUCAGGACAAAGUGGGAAAGUCGGAAUACAUUGGCCGGGCGGUCGCGCGGCCUCACGUCAAGCUUGCCUCCGAGUCCUACACUCCCCCGCAGUAUCCGCCGUCCUUGGAAUGGUACGAGGUAACGAGAGGAGCCUCGAGAGCGGGCGAACUUUUGGCGGUGUUCGAAUUACUGGAAUAUCCAUCCACAAAGGACUUCGGAUUCCCUACUUUGCCGGAUCCCAAGGACCCUAGCUGUGGAUCUCAGAUGUCGGGCUCCGGCCAAGAUCAGGGACCAAUUCUUCCGGUGCCCGUUGGGAUCCGGCCAACUUUGUCGAAAUACCGAAUCGAGGUGCUCUUCUGGGGUUUGCGGGAUCUGAAGCGAAUUCAUCUCCUAACGGUCGACAAGCCUCGCGUGGACGUCGAGUGUGCCGGUCACAUUCUUUACUCGUCCGUGAUCGCGAACGCGAAGAAGAAUCCAAAUUUCAACACGCCCAUCAAGUUUCUGGAACUGGAACUUCCCGAGCAAGAGCUCUAUCGACCGCCGUUGACGAUAAGGGCGGUGGACUGUCGAAGUUUCGGCAGAUACACUCUCGUCGGCACUCACACCAUCAAUUCGAUUCACAAGUACAUGUACUAUCCUCUGACGAAGAGAGCGAAGGAUGCUCAGGAGAGAAAGAAGAGCUUGUAUCAGCUACAGUGUACAGCCCUCGAUCAGUCUAAGUCGAAAUAUCAACAAACGUCGUUACCGGAAUCACUAACCGACUUGGAAUCUAAUAACGGCGACACCAUCAUCACCCUCGGAUUCGAGCUAGGAUGCGGACCUACAAAGAAGGACAAGACCGAGCAGAAUUUACGCAGGAAGCAGAGCUUGGCCAACGACAACAGCAUGGGCGAUUUGAACAUGUUAGAAGACGGCGACGGCUGCCAGGACUGGUGGACGAAGUACUUCGCGUCCGUGGAGGCGAUGAUCGAGGAGAACAAGGAGUUGCGCAAGGAGAAAUCCAUAUUCCAAAACCAGGCGAACGGUACGCUGACGAUGCUCUUAGACGAGGCCGUCGCGCAGGGCCAUCUGCCUGCCGGCUCACCUGCCGAGAAGAGUCCCGGCAUAAAUACUACGAAGAAGCUGUUUGGCUUGAAAUCAACGGCGAACGCGGCUAAGUUCGUCUCGAAGCUGAGCCCGAAGCACAGCGCGCGCAAGACCAGGAAGACUGCGCUCCUCAAGAUUUACCCCAAUGAGCUGGAGGCGCAGCCCGAGUUCGAGCAGUUCAAGGAGUGGCUGCACACCUUCGAGCUAUAUCGUGGCAAGAAGACCGGCGACGAGACCGAGGACGAGUCGAGAAUCGUCGGUAGCUUCAAGGGCGCGCUGAAGGUGUACAAAUGGCCCUUGCCCAAGGAUCUGGUGGAUCACACCGUCAUGGGCUUCGAUCCGCAGUACGGCUUCUUCCAAGGCGUUCCAUCCAACGAGCCUAUUCACGUCCUGGUGCGAGUGUAUAUCGUCAAAGCUAAUGACUUGCACCCUUGCGACCUGAACGGAAAGGCCGAUCCCUACGUGGUCUUACAAUUGGGAGGCAAGAGGAUCAGCGACAAAGAAAACUACGUGUCGAAGCAACUGAAUCCUGUUUUUGGCAAGUGUUUCGAGAUAGAGGCCACCUUUCCGCAAGACUCUCUGCUGACCGUACAGGUUCUCGACUGGGACUUGGUAGGAACGGACGAUAUGAUCGGCGAAACCAAGAUCGAUCUGGAGAAUCGUUUCUAUAGUAGGCAUCGCGCUACGUGCGGCCUUGCGAAGAAAUACGACGAAUCUGGCUACAACAAAUGGAGGGACGCGAUGAAACCGACACAGAUACUUUCGAAAUUGUGCAAGGAUGGCAAAGUUGAUGGACCGGUUUACUCUCAUGGACGCGUCACAAUCGGUAGGAAAACCUUUCCUCUCUCGAACGAGGAAAUGGAAUACUAUGUGCAUACGAAAGGAAUGGAAGAGCAUCUCGCGUUGGCGGUGCUUCACCAAUGGAGCGCUUUCCCGCGAAUAGGAUGCGCGCUGGUGCCCGAACACGUGGAAACCCGACCGCUUUACAACCCCGAAAAGCCCGGGAUUGAGCAAGGUAAACUGGAGAUGUGGGUGGACAUGUUUCCGAUGGACAUGCCCUCGCCCGGACCGUCUAUCGAAAUCUCGCCCAGGAAGCCAAAGAGUUACGAGUUGAGGGUUAUUAUAUGGAACACGGACGAUGUCGUGUUGGAGGACGACGCCUUCUUCACCGGCGAGAAGAUGAGCGACAUUUACGUAAAGGGAUGGCUGAAGGGGCCGGAGGAUUGUCAAUCCACCGAUAUCCAUUAUCGUUCAUUGACGGGCGAAGGGAACUUCAACUGGCGCUUCACAUAUCCUUUCGAUUACCUGGUGGCAGAAGAGAAGAUCGUUAUCAAUCGGAAGGAGAGUCUGUUCAGCUGGGACGAGACCGAGUGCAAGAUACCGGCGCGUUUGGAAUUGCAGGUCUGGGACGCGGACCACUUCUCGGCGGAUGAUUUUCUGGGUGCGAUCACCCUGGAUCUCAAUCGUUUCCCACGUGGAGCAAAGAACAGCAAACUGUGCUCGUUGAGCAUGCUGAAGACUGACGGCUCUGUGCCAACGGUCAACAUCUUCAAGCAGAAACGUGUAAAAGGCUGGUGGCCAUUCUACGUGAAGAAGGAGAACGAAGAUAUGGAAUUGACGGGUAAGGUCGAGGCUGAGAUACAUUUGCUCACGAAAGAAGAGGCCGAGAAAAAUCCUGCCGGUUACGGUAGGAACGAGCCGGAUCCACUAGACAAGCCGAAUCGGCCGGACGCAUCUUUCAUGUGGUUUCUCAACCCGCUGAAGUCUAUCAAGUAUAUAGUUUGGCACAAUUACAAGUGGGCUAUAUUGAAGGCUAUAGUAGCGAUCGGACUGAUCGUACUUAUGCUCUUAUUCUUCUACGCUAUACCGGGCUACUCCGUGAAGAAGAUUCUAGGAGCUUAAAUCGUCACAUUCGUCGCAGCGUAGAAUGUAAUCGUUGUUUUCGGUCGGUGAGAAACAAUCCGACGAGUCACGAAGAUGUAGUCGUAUUACUGUGCUGUUACGUUUCGCAAUGUAGCUUAUAGCUGAGAGGAAAGAAAUCUUUACUCGAUUAGCUCAUAGUGGACCAACGUGAAUACACCAGAAUAGUCGCAGGCUAGGACCACAUUGUAAAUAACUCAUGCACGGUGAUUUUUUAGGAGAAGUAGACGGAAGAAAAAAUGACGAAAAAAAAAAAAGAAAAAUUAGCAGAGUAGCAGCUUACACAAGAUGAUCUAUUUUUAUUCAUAAUGUUCUGUCACAUCGCAACGAUUGUGUUUCGCGGGCGAAAACACAGGAAGACCACCCGACUAUUCUCCAUCAUCAUCGAAUUGCUCAUUGUACAUUCAAAGAAAAAAAGAGUAAGAUAUAUAUAUAUCUAUAAGAAACGCGCGGAUAAACAAAACAUCCGAGAAAGGUGUAACACAAUAAAGCACUCCGUGUAACUAACGUCA